UGGUGAACGUCAGAUUAGUGUUAGUUUGCUCUGGUAGUCGUUCAUGCUAUCAUGGCUGGAGUCCUGCUGCUCGUUGUCCUUCUCUAUUCUUUUCAUGGAAUUAAAGUACAAGCCAGUGUUCCACCUGUACUGAGCGUGAGUUCACCUCUGAUCACAGAGACGGACUCAGUCACACUGAGCUGUCAGACUCCAUCAUCUGUUUCUGUGUCUCAGUGUGAUUUCUACAUUGCAAGCCAAAAACUGUCCAAAGGUUCCUCCUGUGUGCAGACACUGACAGCGACUGAGCUGCUGAAGAUCACACAGACGAGUUUACCUGCUGAGGUUGAAGUGAGAUGUUCUUACACUGUACAAAUUGAUACUUUAAAACAUAGUUCUCCUGACAGCGAGCCAUCCACCAUCAACAUAAACAAUCUUCGUCCACCUAAACUGAUAGUGAGCCCGCUGAUGAUCACAGAGACAGACUCAGUCACACUGAACUGUCAGAAUCCUCUUCCUGUCUCUCAGUGUUAUUUCAUCAUUUCAGGAGAUAAAACAGCCAAAACAGCUCCUUGUCUGCAGACUCUGACAGGGUCUGAAUUUCUGUCAUGGACACGUCAACGUUCACCUGUUACAGUUGAACUGACAUGUUACUAUCUUUAUAUAUAUAAAUCUCCACUGAGUAACAUGUCACCAAUCACCAUACACAUUCCUUGGCCUGAAAUUACUGUGAAUCCACCUCUGAUCACAGAGACAGACUCAGUCACACUGAAAUGUCAGACUCCAUCAUCUGUUUCUGUGUCUCAGUGUGAUUUUUAUAUUGCAAGCCAGAAACUGUCCAAAGGUUCCUCCUGUGUGCAGACACUGACAGCGACUGAGCUGCUGAAGAUCACACAUAAGAGCUUACCUGCUGAGGUUGAAGUGAGAUGUUCUUACACUGUACAAACUUAUACUUUUAAACAUACAUCUCCUGAUAGCGAGCCAUCCACCAUCACCAUAAUCAAUCUUCGUCCACCUAAACUGACAGUGAGCCCGCUGAUGAUCACAGAGACAGACUCAGUCACAGUGAACUGUCAGACUCCAUCAUCUGUUUCUGUGUCUCAGUGUUAUUUCAUCAUUUCAGGAGAUAAAACUGCCAAAUCAGCCUCUUGUCUGUGGACUCUGACAGGGUCUGAAUUUCUGUCAUGGACACGUCAAAGUUCACCUGUUACACUUGAAAUGACCUGUUAUUACCUUAAUAUACAGAAAUCUCCAGUCAGUAACAUGUCACCAAUCAUCAUACAGACUCCUCGGCCUGAACUGACAGUGAAUCCACAGAUGAUAACAGAAACAGACUCAGUCACAGUGAACUGUCAGACUCCAUCAUCUGUUUCUGUGACUCAGUGUUUUUUGUACUUUAUGAGAAGAAGAAAAUCUACAUCCAUCUCCUGUCAGCAGACACUUACAGGAACUGAGCUCCUCUUUAUGGCAGAGCAGAGUUCACCUGCUGAGGUUCAAGUGGCAUGUUUUUACAUGACAGAGCGUAAAGGAGGACAAUACCAGUCUCCUCACAGCAACAUAUCCUUCAUUAGUAUACAAUACCUGACUACUUUGAGGACUUUCACCACAUCUACUCCUAUUUCUACAAGCGUACGAAGAAGAAACAGAAUUAGAGGCACUAAAGAAAUUAUUUCUCCUGGGAUCCCACUGGCGGCAGCCUCCCCUUGUCCUUCUGUUCCUGGGAUAACUCUCACAGCUGUGACCAAUCCUACUGCUGCUGACACGACUGGAAUAACAGCAGCAAAAAUGAUAUGGAUAAUCGGAGUAGUUGUGGCAGUGGUGUCCUGCUUGCACUGCCUCUUCUCCUUGUGCAAAAAAGCAUUGUGAAAUGUGGUUCCAAGAUGUAAGUAAUGUUAACUCCAGCUGGUCACCAGUAGUACCAGUCUAUGCCUUAUGUUCUUUCUGGCCACCACAGCCCUCUUUUCUCAAAUGAACUCAAACAGGACUUUUCUGAUGGUGCGUACUGACCUGACCACUAAGGUUGACCCAAAAUUGUUUUGUUCUGGCUGCUGCACUGUAUCUUUAAUAUGUAAACUUUUGUCGGUCAUUUUUUACUUCUAUUGGUAGCAAUAAAAAUCAGGAAUGAAGAAUGUAUGUAAAAGUAUAUCAUAGUCAUAGGCUCUGUAAGUGCUUCAUAGAUGUUGUAUUUGUGCUGCAUUGUACUUUGUUUGAUACAGUGGUAAAAUGUUCAUGCAUGUCUCAGCUAUAGGGAACAAUGGGUUUCAGAGUGUCAUAGUAGUGCUGUUGCAUUAUAUGUGAAGGGAACUUUAUGGUGCUUUACUGUUUCACUAUUUUAAGAUUUCCUCACAAGGUGCCUGUCUCUUCAGGAACCUGAGCAAUUGUGGUGAGAAAACACAAAUGUCUCAUCAUGACAUUAUCAAGGUUCCCCUGGAACUCUUUCACUGUGUCCCAUAAAAUAUACACGCAGACAUAACAUUUAUAUUUUUACAGCUUUAGGAUUUCCUAAAACCUCCUUUUCUCUCGACUGAACCCACUAACAUAGAUUAAAUCCAAAUAGAUGCAGGCCAAGUUUAACCUGGAACAACCUCGGUGCAAAAAAUGUGUAGCCUCUGGCAAAUAUAGCAUUUUUAAAUAUUUUAAUUUUGGGUCACUUGAAAAAGGAUGGAUCAAAUUUGACCUGAAUAGUAUGUGAAUGUCAAAGGAAAGCUCCAGUUUUGUUUUUUGCAAAACAGUGCACUCUUCUUCGAACAAAGUUGGCCUAUUAUGUGUUUAAUUCAGGAAAACUUUGUGAAAUGAUUUGUGGAAAAUUAUACUACCUAGGUCUUAUGACUUUGAUUUCAUGAUGAGUGCAACAUGACAAAAAAACAAAAACCAAAUAACUGGUUACUGAAAAUUGCCCACUUUGAAAGAAACAGUAAGGUGCUUAAGAGGUUUCUGUAAACAAAUUAGCCCAUCAGUACCUAAGCUUCUGUUUUCAGUUCCAUAACGAAGACAUUUUUGGAGAACAUAAAUUAGAAAUGUGUGCUUUUUUCUCUAGAAAGAAGACACUCUUUACAAAACCAGCAGGAUGGCUAUAGUGCCACCUACAGUACUGUCAUAUAUGAGUGCAAUACUGGUCAUCUGCGUCUUUAUUUUACAAAUUCUGCUGAAAAUAAAAUUGUUAACAUUUGUGUAUCCUUUUAUUUUGGAAAAAUGUAUUUUGAAAUAUUCAAUAUUCAAGUUAUAUAUUUUGCAAAAUGAUAAAAAACAAACACUGUAACUAAAAGCUUCUAAUCUGCUUCUGGUAAUACAAUGUAUCAUCUCUGA